AUGUGGGUCUUCCAAGGUGCUGAGGAUCACGCGUAUCUUGCGGAGCAUUGGAAAGACAAUAUUGAAGCCUGGGUACGCAGCGGAAAGGCUCUGCUUCUGCGGAGGAAGUACGCGACUCCUGAGCAGAAGGCUGCACUCAGGCAGUGGGAAGAUCGCUGGCGCGAGUGCAUGCUGUCAGUGCGACAGAAAGUUCUCAACAGGAUCAUCGUAGGCAACGUCACCCAAUGCGUCAACGAUGCCGAAAUAGCCGCGUACCAACAGAAGUUCAACCCGCCGCCAAAUUUGAGCUUGCCUCAUAUCAAAGGCCCUGUAGGGAUUGUACGAAGGCAAGUCUACCGUGGAAGCUGGAACAUGGCAGCAGAAAGGCGAGCAAAGAUGACGAACGCCUCGACCUCGUACGAAGACGACGGCCUUCCUGGAACCGUGGGCGAAGCGUUCGUUGUAGGGAAGAACCUCAAGCGAGCGCUGGACGACGGCGACUUUGAAGAAGCUGUGUCAGCACUCAAAAGACCUCACCUCGAAGACGCUCUCGCGAACAAGAAGAGCUCGCUGACGGAUUCGGAUUACUUAGGCUCCGGUGACGGUAUGAGCGACCCCAUAUCGAGCGACCCCAUCGCAGAUCCUACGUACCGUCCGGAAGCAGACGACGGCUCGUAUUCGCAGGACAGCAACCACGGGGAAUCGUCGCAGGACGGUUCGGCAUCCCAAGACAGCUCUUCGCAGAACGGUUCAGCGUCCCAGGACAGCUCUUCGCAGGACGGCGAGGCGUCCAGAGAAGACGAGUCUUCGCAGGAAGAUGAGUCUUCACAGGAAGAUGAGUCGUCCCAGGACGGCGGCUCAUCACAGGACGGUGGCUCAUCGCAGGACAGUCAGGAAGACUGA